AUGGAGUUGUUGGGUUCUGCUAUUCUUAAGCUCAAGCAAUUAGGCUCCAACCGUACCACAACCCAAACCAGUGCUAUGGACUGUCCCAAGGCCACUCCGGACAUUAUAGAGCCUAAGUUGUAUGGGAGGGAUAAACAGAAAAAGAUUAUUAUAGAUGACAUUAAGCAUGGAGAAUAUUUUUCAGAUGGCCUAGUGGUGCUUCCAAUUGUUGGUCCUGGGGGUAUUGGGAAGACAACUUUCACACAACACAUAUAUAAUGAAGUGAAGGGUCAUUUUGAGGUCCCAAUUUGGUUAUGUGUCUCCCUCAGUUUUAAUGCUAGUAGGUUGGCACAAGAAGCAGUGAAAAUAAUUCCUGAGGUUGAUGGUGAAAACAAAAAUGGUAGUGAUCAAGAGCGAAUUGAACAAAGAUUGAAAGCCAAAUGGUUUUUACUUGUUCUAGAUGACAUGUGGACAUGUCACGAAGAUGAGUGGAAAAAACUACUAAGACCAUUUGGAAGAGGGGGAGAAAAGGAUAUUUUACACUCAUCCAGUCAGAACAAGAGAACUGGAGAUGUUGGGCUGAGCUAUCUGAUUGACUUGGUUAACAAUGGAUUUUUUAUAAAGAAUGAGAAAGACGAUGGUACUUCUUAUUAUGUCCUACAUGACCUACUGCAUGAUUUAGCAGUGAAAGUUUCAUCAUACGAAUGCAUUACAAUACCUAGUUCUAGUGUCAGGUCCAUACAAAUCCCAACUUCAGUCCGCCACUUGUCCAUCAUCAUAGAUGACAAAGAAGUUGAGAACAAAGAGAAUCUUGAAAACUUCAAAAAGGAACUAAGAGAACUGGACAAAAGACUGAAUACUGAAAACCUACAUACAUUGAUGCUUUUUGGGAGCCACCAUGGAAGCUUUGCCAUGAUUUUUGGUCAUUUGUUUAGAAAUGCCAAUGCCCUUCGCGCUAUUUAUCUGUCUGAAGCAUCAUAUAUUGUAGAGGAUGAACUAAGAAGCUUUGAAGUUGGAAAAGAAAGUAAAGGCUUUGAACUAAGUCAACUAGAGCAACUAUCAGAAUUUGGAGGUUCACUUGCCAUUGGUAAUCUGGAAAGGACACAAACAAUGAAGGAAGCAAGUGAGGCAAAACUGAUACACAAAAAUCGUUUACACAAGCUAACAUUAGAAUGGGAUGUCACUAGACUUAACAAGGAUCCAGCACACGAAGCAAAUAUUCUGGAGGUUAUGAAACCACAUAUCAAUCUUCAAGGCAUAUGCAUUCGGGGGCAUGGAGGAACUAAAUCCCCAAAAUGGCUAGGUGAGGACCUCUCUAUUAAAAAUCUUGAAUCUCUUCAUCUGGAUAAUGUAUCUUGGGUAAAUCUUCCACCAAUUGGAGAGCUGUGGAUGGUCAAUGAGCAUGGUGAGGAGCAUUUGGGUUGUGUACCUCAUAAUAGGUUUCGAAAUUUGAGAAGGCUAGAAUUCAAUAAGCUGCCAAGACUGAAUAAAUGGGCUGAAAGUGACCCUUGUAAUUUAUUCUCUCACCUAGAAGUGCUCAUCAUCACACAUUGCUUUGAACUCACGGAGUUGUCAUUUUCCCAUUCUAUUUGCUGUCAGCAACAGAAAGAGGCAAAAAUAAUUUGGUUUCCUAGACUACGGGAGCUCAAAAUUGAAAACUGUCCAAAACUGUUGUCCUUUCCUCCUGUUCCAUGGACUAGGGCACCAAUCUCCGCUAAGAUAGGAGUUGGUUCAGGCUUUCAGAAACUUGUUUGUGAAGAGAAUGACCAAUCUGGAUAUAGCUUGGAAAUUAUGAUAAAGGAUGCACUUGUUAGUGAGUUAUGGGAUGUGUUGGUCUUUGAUAAUCUAACUGAACUAAAAGAGUUGUACAUGGACAGAUGCCCUCCUCUCCUGCUGCAUCACUUCCAAAUGCUAUCGUCCCUAAAGACCCUCGAGCUAUAUGGUGGUUCAAGUAUUCUCUUCCCGUUGGUCGAAGGUGAGAGCAAUGCCGGAUAUCAAUUUCCAGUUGAAUGCAUGACCAUUGAUAGGUUGGAGGCUAGUGCGAAGGAAUUGACACAGCUAUUGACUUAUUUUCCCAAGCUCUCGGAACUGAACAUGUGGUUGUGUGAUAAGAUUACGGGGCUAGCCGUAGCGGAAAAGCAGGCAACAGAAACACCUGCGCUAGCAUGUUCAGAUAACAAAGUGGAUGGCAAUGCAGCAAUCGAGAAGCACCAGCAGCAGGAAGGCACAAGAGGAGAGGAGGACGUAAACGCAUCAUCAGCAGAAGGGCUGCUGCUCUUGCCUUCCCAACUACAGACGUUGCGGAUCCGAGUCUGCCCAGAGCUGAGCCUCUGCGCCAGUCCAAUCGACCACAACGGAGAAGCAGGAAGAAGAACUGGUGGAAAACAAGGGCUCCAAUCUCUGCGCUCCCUCCGAUCGUUGCUGAUAAGGUUUUGCCCCAGGUUCCUCUCCUCAUAUUCGUCACCCUCCUCCUCUCCUUGUUUCCCUUUCCCAGCUUCCCUGGAACACCUCUUUCUUCCAGGCGCGGUGGGCCUGGCGACGUUGUUGCCUCUCUCAAACCUCACCUCUCUCACAGAUUUAGCCAUUUGGGGAUGUGGGGAUUUAAGAGGCGAGGGACUGCGGCAUCUCCUCGCCCAAGGUCGUCUCACCAAAUUAAUCAUCUACGGAACCCCCAAUUUCUUGGCUGGUCCCGAGCCCCCGCCUUCCUUAUGA